AUGGCCACCUCAUCCAGGGACGUGGACGCCGUUGACCGCGAGACCGAGGCUUACAACGAACUCAUGGACAACGGCGGCCGGCCGUCGCACCCGCUCGAGCUGCUCCAGACCAUUGUCGAAGCACCCGGCGAGUAUCGUGAUAUCCUGUCCUACUGGCAGAGCCACCCAAAUCAGUGGCAGGUCUUCCGCAAGCAGUUGUCAGCCUGGAAAAAUUUCCAAGCCUUUCAGAUGAGAUCGAGGGAGGCACCGAAGUUUUUCCCCAACUACGUCUACAGCGUCGAGGCCGACUUGGCCCGCAACGGCUUCAACUGCCCCACGUCGUCUGUUUCCAUGUCCGUUGCCCUCAAGCACGACCUGAGCCUCCAAGGCAAGUUGGAAACUUGGAUUGAGUAUUUGUGUUACCUAUAUCGCGAGCAAGAGCUGCGCCAGGAGGAUUUGGACCAGCAUAGAGGAGGCUACGGGAUUGCCUUGCGCGAUCUGCGGGAGUCUGGCGUUCUGGGGACGCACGAGACGGACGAAGACACGCUGGAACGUCUCAGCGACCCGGCGGGCAUGGAGACGGCCCGACUCAUGGUCGAGAGGUGCCGCCACACCAAGUUUGCUGGUGGCAAUCCUAAAAGCGAAUCAAGAGAAACCCGGAAGAUUCUGAAGCGCAUUGACAAGCGGAUUGACUGCAUGACCCAGUUCUCCAGGGACAGUUGCCAGUACCGCUCCGCGCGAGACGCCAUCGAUCAUCACGGGACGCUGGUCCGCUGGGUUCUCGCGCAAAUCUCCCUGAUCGGCAAGGAGACGCGGGCGGCGGCUCCAGAACAAGGUCCCUCUACCUUUGAGUCGUUCUUGAGACUGCCGUGCGAGAUCCGGCGCCAGAUCUGGCUCGAGAGCCCCCCCGUCGGGCCCCAGGCGCAUUUCUUCGACAUAAUCAACCACCCGCGCAAGCGCAACAUGGCUCACCUCUGGUCGUCCAGCGAAUUCGGCGUGCGCGCGACACGGGCGCGAGACUCGGGCUACCUCCCUGUUUACGCCCUGCUGGCAGCGUGCCGAGAUUCCCGGCUCUUGGUGGCAGCGCACUACAGACAGCUGGGUGGUGGUGCCGGCGCCAAUGAGGCACAUGACAGGUGGUGCGAGCCCGAGAAUCCAUUCGGCAACUUCGAAACCUUUAAUUGGAUUCCCGCCCAUGACCUCGUCGUCCUGUGCUUCCCGCCCCGGCAGGCCCAGCUGCCGUCUGCCAACGCCCUGACCCUCGACCGGGGGCCAGCCCGCCGCGUCGGCAUCCUGGUGACCGAGGAAAUGUACUUCCAAUGGGGAUAUGGUCUUGAUUACAAUGGCCGUCGUCCCGAAUCAACGGGGAACGGCUGGAACCAGGGCCCGGUCCAGGAGAUAUUCCCUGUUCAAGUACCCGACCACGACGGGUCGCAGAUCGGGUUGAUCCCCGAUUAUCUCUAA